AUGGUCGCCGAUACCUGCACUUUGACGAGCAAAACCUCGUACGCCCACGGCCUGCCUCCCCUCGACCUCGCUCUCGCAGUGUGCGAGGAGCUGUGGACGGAGCCGUUCCACCACGAAACCGAGGCGUGGGUCGAAUAUCCGGUCGGCGCCAGCUUCUUCAACCACGCCUCGGCCUGCGUCCGUGUCACGCUGGCCGAGAUCGACGGUCGUCUAUCAAGCGGGCCGGACAACACGCUGGUGCUCGACCUAGGCUUCUCGGGAGCAGCAACAAAACGUUUGCGGCUCGAGGUGCGCGGCGUCGUCUGGGAACGGUCGUUGGGCUGCGAUCCGCCGGAACCCUACUGGCGAUGCCGCGAGAUGGCCGAGCUUUCGUGCUGCGUAAAGGGGCCAGCGGCCGGGUUCGAAGUGCUCGAAGACGACCGCGUGUGA